GAUAACUACCCGACCUGCAGCAGCCAAUAAGAUCCCUUCAGUGUGUGUUGACCAGGUGACAGAGGUACGAGGGUUCAAUGACCCACAGAAGGAGAAGUACUUCAGGAAGAGAUUCAGUGAUGAGGACCUGGCCAGCAGAAUCAUCUCACACAUAAAGACAUCAAGGAGCCUCCACAUCAUGUGCCACAUUCCAGUCUUCUGUUGGAUUUCUGCAACAGUCCUUGAACACAUGCUGGAACAUAAGAGAGAAGAGAUGCCCAAGACUCUGACUGAGAUGUACACACACCUUGUGGAGUUUCAUACCAAACAGAAGAAUGAAAAGUAUCUUGGGAAAGAAGGGACAGGUCCACACUGGGAUAAAGAGAGCAUUCUGUCACUGGGAAAACUGGCUUUUCAACAGCUUGUGAAGGGAAAUCUGAUUUUCUAUGAAGAAGACCUGAAAGAGGCUGGCAUUGGUGUCAAUGAAGCCUCAGUGUACUCAGGAUUGUGCACACAGCUCUUUAAAGAGGAAUGUGGGCUGUACCAGGACAAGGUGUACUGCUUUGUUCAUCUGAGCAUUCAGGAGUUUCUGGCUGCUGUAUAUGUGUUCCUCUCAUUCAUCAACAACAAUGAGAAUCUAAUGGAAAAACUGCAAACAAACGAAAAGCCUGAAGUUACUUUCUACAAGAGUGCUGUGGAUAAAGCCUUACAAAGUGAGACAGGAAACCUGGACCUUUUCCUCCGCUUCCUUCUGGGCCUCUCACUGGAGUCCAAUCAGAAGCACUUACAAGGUCUAGUGACAAAGUCAAGAAGCAGCUCACAGAGCCAUGAAGAAACAGUCGAGUACAUCAAGAAGAAGAUCAGGGAGAAUCCCUCUCCAGAAAGGUGCAUCAAUCUGUUCCACUGUCUGAAUGAACUGAAUGACCAUUCUCUAGUGGAGGAGAUCCAAAGCUACCUGAGAUCAGGAAGUCUCUCAGAACCCAACCUGUCACCUGCACAGUGGUCAGCUCUGGUCUUUGUGUUGCUGACUUCAGAAAAGGAGCUGGAUGUGUUUGACCUGAAGAAAUACUCCAGAUCAGAGGAAGGUCUUCUGAGGCUGCUGCCAGUGGUCAAAGCCUCCAGAGCUGUUCUGCUGUCAGGCUGUCUAGUCACAGAGGAAGGCUGUGCUUCUCUGGUCUCAGCUCUGAGGUCAAACCCCUCACACCUGAGAGAGCUGGACCUGAGCUACAAUCACCCAGGAGACUCAGGAGUCAGACUGCUCUCUGUUAGACUGGAGGAUCCACACUGCAGACUGGAGAAACUCAAUGUGGAACAUGGUGGAGAGGACAGAAUGAAACCUGGACUUAGAAAAUAUGUCUGUGAUCUCACACUGGACCUAAACACAGUAUACCGACUCCUCUCUCUCUCUGAGGAGAACAGAAAAGUGACACUGAGGUCAGAGGAGCAGCCGUAUCCUGAUGACCCAGAGAGAUUUGAGAACUAUGAACAGGUGCUGUGUAGAGAGGGUCUGACUGGGCGCUGUUACUGGGAGGUAGAGUGGAGUGGGAGAAGGGUUGAUAUAGGAAUGACAUAUAAAGGAAUCAGCAGGAAAGGAAGGGCUAAUGACUUUUGUCUUGGAUACAAUGACACGUCCUGGACUCUUUUCUGCUAUGACAACAGUUACAUUGCCAUUCACAAUAAUUAUCCCAUUGCCAUAGACGUCCGCCCCUCCAGCUUCCACAGAGUAGGAGUGUAUCUGGACUGGCCAGCCGGCACUUUGUCCUUCUACAGAGUCUCCUCUGACACACUGACCCACCUGUACACAUUCACCUCCACAUUCACUGAGCCCCUCUAUCCAGGGUUUAGGGUUUGGUAUGAAGACUCCUCAGUGUCCCUGUGUCAAACACAACAUGAUGUUUCACUCUAAUCAUGGUCAUGUUUAGUAAGACACACUGGAGCAGCAAUGUAGAAUAUCUCUCUAGUGUGUAAACCUCUCUAUCCAGGGUGUUUGGUAUGAAUAUCUCUCUAGUGUGUAAACCUCU